AAUUUAUACCGCAAGACUUGUUACAUAAAUUAAUAGUCUGACUGACGCUUUAAAUAUAAUAACUCUUCCAUGCGCAAUGGUACAGUCCCUUGUAUCUACAAAGGUAAACAAAAAGAUCUGCCUUUUACGGGCUUACCUCAUACUGAACAAGAAGAUGUUGAGCCCUUUAGUCCCUUCCCUUUCCCUUGUCCUGCGAGGCAUUGCCACGUCGGCAAAGUGUGACAUCAACUGCCACCGUGCCAGUAUAGCGCGCAUUGGCCGCCUCACUUACAGCCGCACCUACCCUGUGGUGCUGGUGCAGAGUGAUGGCUCCACAAUCAACAUCAGAUACCAUGAGCCUCGCAAAAUAGUUAAGCUGCCCCUGGACCUGACAACACUUACCGAGGCUGAGCGCAAGAAACGGAUUGAAGCUCGGAAGCCGAGAGUUAAGGUGGUCAUUGAAGAUGACAUUGAAGAUGACUUUAAGGUUACUAAUUAUGAACAUCUAUGGAAAAAAUAGCAAAGUUUAUAUUUUUAAGUGAGUAAGGAACUUGUUUUUGUAUGUGUGUGUAUUUAAUGUCUAAACUGUUGUAUAUAUCAGUUUAAUAAAAUGCUAUGCAUUAUA